CUGCUCAAUCCUUUCACUCCCCGGUUAGGCACUGGCUUAGGCAGCCCAUUCCCGAGGUCCUCGGAGCGGGGUCUCUGCGCCGCGGUGGAUUGUGGGCCUUUCUCUUUCCUCCUCGGGAUCAUCCGACGGCACGAUGGGCAAGUGUCGCGGACUUCGUACUGCCAGGAAGUUGCGCAGUCACCGACGUGAUCAGAAGUGGCAUGACAAACAAUACAAGAAGGCCCAUCUGGGCACUGCUUUGAAAGCCAACCCUUUUGGGGGAGCUUCCCAUGCCAAAGGAAUUGUCCUGGAAAAAGUUGGCGUGGAGGCUAAGCAGCCAAAUUCUGCCAUCAGGAAGUGUGUCCGAGUCCAGCUGAUCAAGAAUGGCAAAAAAAUAACAGCAUUUGUUCCUAAUGAUGGUUGUUUGAACUUCAUUGAGGAGAACGAUGAAGUUCUGGUUGCUGGCUUUGGUCGGAAAGGUCAUGCUGUUGGUGACAUUCCAGGAGUUCGUUUCAAGGUCGUCAAAGUAGCGAAUGUUUCUCUGUUGGCCUUGUACAAAGGCAAAAAGGAGAGACCCCGGUCAUAAAGUUAUGUUGUUAUCAAGAUGAUCAAUAAAGUUUUCUUCUAAGAAA